CCUAAACGUGACAAUUCUAUUUUCUACCAAAUGUUCAAAUUUUACUGGCACAGUUUAUAUCGAUAAUUUUCUAUCUACACCAGAUUUAUAUAAUAUUCUCUGUUAACAACAAUCAUGGAUUAUAUCAGAGAAUUCGACAUACAACUCGAACGUGAAUAUUAUUACGCCGGAGAGACAGUUAAAGGUCACGUGGUGUUGGAUACAGUGGAAAAUUUCAAAUUGAGAAGUAUUAGAGUCAUUUUGAGAGGAAAGGCACACGCCGAAUGGAAAGUUUUACUUUCUGGAGAUAGAAGAACGGUAAAAGAUGAUCAAAUAUUUGUCGAUGAAAGGCAAAUAAUAUGGGGGGAAAAUAAUUUAGAAUCGACGAUACCAAUUCUUCCUAGAGGGGUACAUAAAUUUCCAUUUAAAUUUUCCUUACCAGAAUCAAAUUUACCCUGUUCAUUCGAAAGCAAAUCGUGUUACAUUCGAUAUUUUUUUAAAGUAACAAUCGAUAUUCCGUACGCGAGUCCACCGCAAGGCAUUAAAUAUUUCACGGUAAUUGGACCACACAUAGAUUGUAUGGAAGAACAAUAUCUGAAACCUAUAGUAUUGGAAAACCGUAAAUCUAUGUGUUGUUGGUGCUGUAAAAAAGGUACCAUCAGUUUGAGGUGCGUAUUAGCACGAUCCGCUUACGUAUGCAAGGAAAGCAUAAAGCUCAAAGUGACAAUCGACAAUCAAGGUGAAGAAGAAGUAAAACUUAGAGUUAAAUUGGAACAAGUCUGUGAAUUUUUUAUAGACAGGGGUGUUUUGGGUGUAAGCAAAGAUAUUAAACAUCUAAUAUUCGAAUACGGCGGAUGCCACGUAAAACCGCACACACGAAAUAAAUGGGACAGCUCAAAUUGUUUAGUGAUACCACCGUUGCCUACUACUCUAGUACAUAUUUGUCGAUUAGUCCAAAUUUACUAUUUGUUAACAGUUUACUUGGACACUGACAAAGAAUUCGAUAUUUUACAAGUCAGUUGCCCUAUCACAAUAGGUACAGUCCCGUUCAGAAUUCCGAAUACAAAUAAAAAACCGACCAUCAAAUAUGAACAUGCUUGUCCAGUAGUGGAAGGUGGAAUGUACUUAGCUCCGGAAUUUCUUUUAGGACAAGUUUACGAUGGAAAUGAACAUCAUUUAAAGGAUCCCUUGAUUCUCUAUAAACCCUUAUACGUGACAGUUGACAAGUCUGACAAUUAAUUAGUUCGGAAUGUUGGGUGAAUGCAAUAACUAUUAAUGUGUAUUUUUUAAAUUUUUAAAAAAGCAAAAAUAAUUACCUUUACAGGGUAUUACCUCAAUUUAUUUUUAUCGCCAUUAAGACUGAAAAAUGACAAAUUUGUAGAUGAUUUUUCCAAAUUCUUCUAAUGCGUAGUUAAGAACGGGUUUUUUUGUUUUUUAUUAAAUUUAUGAAGCCAUUUUUAAAUUCAUAAAAGUACAAAAUCAUUCGAGUGAAAAUUACGAUUAAUGCAAAAGUUUUAUCAAUAUUUAUUUCAGUUUGAGGUAUAAAUAUAAUUUUUAUACUUCACAAUUCACGAAAAAAUUCAUUACUUAAUACCAAAACUUUCCAAACAAUUCUAAAUACCGAAAUUAAAUCAACAGACGCAAAAUAACCUGCAUCUUGACUUUUUUAUAUUAAGAAAAUAUUUAAUAAUAUUAAUUAAUUUAAUUAAAAAUAUUUAAUAAUGUAAAAUUUUUAACAGUGUAGAAUGAGGUAAGUACCUUUGGCCUAAUACAGGUAACAAUGUGUUAGAAACCCAGACAAAAGAUACUACGUCAUAUUUUAUCAAUAUGAAGUUUUUAUCAAUUGAUUAUUCUUUCACUCGCAAAUGAUUUAAACGAGUAAAAUCAACAGAUGACAUCAGUGACGUAUCAUAAAAUGUUUUAUAACCAAUCAAAAAUAUAGAAUAUUAAAAAAUGUAAUAUAUAUGCAUUGAUUGUUUAUUGAAUAGUUCAAAUUGGAAAAAAAUUGAUAUAAAAAUAUUUUCUUAACAAUAAACAUAGUUUAUGGAAAUAGGCAACGUACAACGUUACUAAUAUUGCCAUUUUUUCAAGGCAAAUUAUUGAUACUUUUGUAAUUUUUAUCUUUAUCAAGAUGACUGUAACAGCUGUCAAAAUUAUAAUGACAGUUAUUAUUUAAGCUCAACGAUUAAAGUUUCUAUCACAUUGUGGCUCUUGGUCAUCUCAAAUUAAACGUGUUUUACAACCUUAUUAUAAUAUCUAGUGCCAAAACAAAUUUUAUCUAUACAUAUUCAAAACAAUUUAAUCAAUUUUCAUAAUAUUACACUUACAUUUUAAUCUUAAUAGCGUGAAAUAGACAUAAAUGCACAAAUACGGUGUACAUUUCAAAAUAUAUAAAUCUUCCAAGACCAAUGUUAGUCAUAAGUUGUGUUCUUCCGCAAUUAAAGUGGAGAAAUUUAGUUUGAAUCAAAUAUUUCGAAAGAUAAGACAUUGCUAUGUCCUGAUGAGACCCAAAGAGAUCAAAACCAGUCGACGAAUAUUAAUAUAGAUACAAUGUAUGUUGGAAUUUUAUUUCGAAAUCGUUAUUUUCGACACAAACCGAAGUGAUUGAUGUUUAGAAAUUUUUUAUAUAUAUUAUGUCAAUUGUUAAAUAAGGGAGAAAAGCUCAAUAAAAGUAGGAAAUAGCUAAAACCAUUGCCACAAGAAUUUAAUAUCGUGAAUUGAGGGAAAGUCUAGAACAGUGAUUAUCAGUUUUUUAAUUAUUGUUCAUUUAAUUCUCUAUGUGGGUAAAUAUUUUAUACAAAUCUACUAUACGUAUGAUCAAAAAAUAUCAAAAUAAUGUUGGAGCAGUAAACAAAUGAUGAUAUUUACUAGAAUCUUCCAUUUUUUAUCGAUUUGGCAACAUAGCAUGAUCAUAAUGUAUGGCGUAUGGAGCACAGAAUCAUUAUUUCGUGUUCUAUGGUUUGUGUUUCCAUUAUUACUUUAAGUUAGCUAUACUGGAUUUCCAAACAACUGUAUAUUUAGUAGUCUAAUACAGUGAACAUAUAUUAAUGAUUUCAUUUUAUAUUGGAAGUACAAUAAAUAUCAAAAUAAUGAUGAAAUAAUACGUUAUUUACUGGAAGUUUGCCAUUUUUUAUCGAUUUGGCAGCAUAGCAUUGUAUUUUAUUGCGUAUGGAUCACAGAAUCAAUAUAUUGUGCUCUAUGGUUUGUAGUUGUUGAUUGCUUUCAUAUUAAAUCACAGAAAACUGGAUUACAAGCAAUGAAGGUUGAUUUUGUCAAAACCUGUAUUCUAUUAAUUUUGUCUAUGGUUUAAAUUAGUGAUGUUCGUAUUUAUUUUACAUCUGUUCCCGGCUUUUCCUAGUUAGAAGAAGAAAUAACUUUUCAUAUGAGUUUUAAAAAAAAUUAAUUAAUAUAUAGAGUAAUUAUUAUACAAAAUUACGAUACAUGGCAACCCCGCUAGUUUGGAAAAAUUCAUAUUUUUUGCAAAUUAUUAUAUAUAAUAAAUACCUCAUUAUAAACAACCAAAUAUAAAAGCAAAAAUUUGCUAAAUCAACGGCAAUAAGUUCAGAAAAAAAACAUUGUGCUUGUCCUAACCCAAAAAUUUAAAUGCAUACUUUGAAAAUAUAGAAUGUGUUUUCAUAAUUGAUAGUUCUAUAGAAACGACUUAGUUAUUUGUUAAUAAUAUUCAUUUAUAAUUGUUUUGUAAUUUGGGUGUUGUUAAAUCUCAAUAUAAAAAAAAAUAUUUAAAUUGGAUGUAUAGAAAAUGAAUGUUUUAAAAUGUUUAUGAGAGUAGCCUAAAUCGGU